GGGGCCUUCUCUUUGGGCUUCUUUUCCCCCACCAACUCAACAAACAACCGGUACAUCGGCAUAUGGUACACAAGAAUCCCAGUCCAGACAGUCAUAUGGGUUGGGAACCGUAAAAAUCGGGUCUCAGAUCCUAUGGCAGCCCUAAUGUUAACAUCCAAUGGAAGUCUCCUCGUAACUGAUGGCAGUUCUAAAGUCUUCUUGUCCUCGCUGUCGAUGAUGGCUGUUGGAAAACCUGUGGCGCAACUCUUGGACACUGGCAAUUUUGUUAUCAGGGAUUCUCAGAUAACCGAUUCCAAUAGUUUUGCAUGGCAGAGUUUCGAUCAUCCGACCGAUACUCUUAUACCAGGCAUGAAGCUAGGUUGGAACCUAACAAGUGGACUCAACCGUAACCUGACAGCAUGGUCUAGCUCAACCGAUCCAUCCCCUGGUAACUACACCCUAGCUUUGGACCUCCGCGGUGAUCCCCAAUUAAUACUUUGGAAUGGCCAUAUUCUGCAAGGGCGGUACGGUCCCUGGACUGGCCUCCAUUUCAGCUGGCUCAGCAGUCAGGUAGACCCAAAUAAUAAAGAUGCUCUUGUCUACCUUUUUGUUAAUAACAAGGAAGAGGUUUACUACAGUGCAGGCGUGGUUAACAAGUCCAUUAUCACUAGGCUUGUUGUGAACGCACUCGGGGUCGCAGAACGGUAUUUCUGGCGUGAUAAGUCUUGGGGCCAAGUCUGGUACAUCCCAAGCGGCCAAUGUGAUCGGUAUGCUCCUUGUGGCCCAUAUGGUUCGUGUGUUCCAAAUGGUUAUGCAAAUGGUUCUCCAAAUUGCAGUUGCUUGCAAGGGUUUGAGCCUAAAUCACCGGCAAAUAGGGAUUCAGGAUAUAUUUCUGCUGGGUGUGUCAGGAAGACCAAACUGGAUUGUAGGACUGAUGGAUUUAAGACUGUUCCCCGAACGCUUUUGCCAGACACAGUGAGCGCGACUGUAAACAGGACAAUGAGCCUGGAUGAAUGCCAAGCUGCCUGUUUGAGGAAUUGUUCUUGCACUGGUUUUUCUAGUGCUGACAUACGCGGGAGUGGAAGUGGGUGCAUUAUUUGGUCCAUGGAC